UUGGUCAAAACUUGGGCCAGCAACAAUACACGGUGUAUUAUUGAUAUAAUGGAUUUCAUUGCAUAUUACGCUGAUUGAGUCACAGGGUGUGCCAAUUGUGGGCCGAUUCAUGCAAGGAUCUUCAUGGAAAAUAGGACCCAUUUCAUUUAGUGUUUACAAGGAAAGUGAACUAGGAGAGAAUUGGAUUAAUUGUCAAGAUGAUGGAUUUUAUAUCAAGAAAGAUGAGACAAACGACAAUUUUAUUUACACUUUUACUGUACAUUGCUACAGUUUGCCGAGGAGGCACAACUUUGCUUAGAAUUGGAUAUGAUAUCAUACAAACUCAAUCGUCUUUAGAUAUAGGUGCUUCAAACACUAUAUUUCUUCUUGAUGAUCUAAGGAUAGAGUUUAGUGGAUCUGUACGAUCAUUUGAAGGAUAUUUUCGCAAUACCAAUCCAGUAUUAUUUCAAAUAUGGCGCCCAGAAAGCCCCGGUCGAUAUAAAUUGGUCGGAGAAAAAAGUUUUACACCAAAAAAUGUACCAGGAAUAGACACUGUUAAUUUAGAAGAAUCAGAACGUAUUCAGUGCCAGCCAAAUGACACUUUAGCAAUUUUUAAUGGGGACACUUCGAUGUCUUUAGCAUACUCAUUUAGUGUAAUCCCAAUGUGGCUCAAUUCAAUAGAAGGUGCAUACCCAGUCAUCGGCAAUUCAUCUGACUUUACCUUCCUUAAAAGUCCUUAUAAGUUUUCAGUUGGGCUUUUAUAUUCUACGCAAGAGGACGUAAACGCGUCAACAACGUUGACAGUUGCCCCCAUGACCACGCCCAUACAGAUGACCAAUAUAUCCACCUCAUCUAUCGAGCUGACGACAAGCCAACCAGAAAUUAGUACAACAACGACACCGUCUACCCCACAGUCUUCCAUUAUUACAUUAGGCAACCCCGUACUGAACACAGUAAACUUCCUACAAGCAUCAGCCAGGCGCACCUUUCUCCUCAAAGGUCGCUCUUUAGCCUUGCCCGAUGGCGUUAUCCUCAGCUUCACCACUUUCUUCAACAGUCUGGACCCAGUGCGUCUCCAGAUAUGGAGAGAUGUGGAUCUCGUGAAUGGUCAUAUACGAUACAAGCUAGUCGGAGAGAAGAGAUACACACCUACCAGGACUGGCUACACUGUCAUCAGUCUUGAGAUGAAUGAACACAUUUUUGUUCAAAGGGGGGAUGUCCUGGGCUUUACCAAUGAACAAAGUGUUGGGCCGAUCGGUUUUUCUUACUCCACUGAUCUGAUUGAAGCGUAUACUAUAGAUAGCGCUACAGAUGGCCUCCCCGCUAUUGACGAUAUCCAAGCAUUCGGUAACGUGCGAAGACCCAACGUGUGGUCAUUGUCUGCACUUAUUGAUAAGGACGUAGGGAAAUAUCCUCUGAACGCAACAGCAAUGCCAACGGAUGCACCACAGACAACUCCAACUCUUGCAACCGCCUCGACGACUCAAGGGAACGAUGUUGGUAAUAAAGAAAUAACACGGGUAGGCUAUCCUCUAAUUGCCUCCAAUGAACUACAGAGUGGGUCAAAACGAGUGUUCCUUUUACCUCGCGUGAUAUUAGGCAAAGGUAUUGUAACCUCAUUUGACGCCGUAAUAAUGAACAGCAUGCCGGUUUGGUUUCAAAUUUGGCGUCAAACAGGAAUCUCCGAAUAUACCCUUAUAGGACAGAAACGGUAUGUGGCUCCAACAAAUUUCACGGGGACUAAGACACUUUACCUAGAAUGUUCUGAAAGGAUUGAGACCUUGAAUGGCGACUUGCUUGGUUUCUUGAAUGAGAAUGACACAAGUCCACUUGGAUAUACCUUCCAAUCUCCAGUGGCAAAUGGACUUAUCCAAUACAGCUUUACAGAGAAUAAUUAUCCAAUUGAAGGAGAUGAAGUGCUGUUUGAUACUUUGAAUUUGCCAUAUAGAUUUGCUGUUGGGGUAACGUAUGAUCCAAACGCUACUGGGGUUUCCUGUAUCAACCAAACAACAGAGCAGCCACAGACAGCAACACAAACAACAACCGAGGCACCAACGACAACAGAAAAAAUAACACGGGACACAGGCAAGACUACAAAAGAAGUUAAAACAACCGUCACAACUGCAGCAACAACAAAGAAUGUUGAACCAUCCGUUUCAACCACUCCUUCUGGAGAGGUGUCAACCACAUUAGCUCAGGUCACCACUUCUACAAUUGAUGUUAGAGUCAAUACUACUACCCCUGCUGUUGAAGUCACUACUUCUACACCUGCUGUUGAGGUCAAUACUACUACCCAAGCUGUUGAAGUCACUACUUCUACACCUGCUGUUGAAGUCACUACUUCUACACCUGCUGUUCAAGUCAAUACUACUACCCCAGCUGUUGAAGUCACUACUUCUACACCUGCUGUUGAAGUCAAUACUACUACCCCAGCUGUUGAAGUCACUACUUCUACACCUGCUGUUGAAGUCAAUACUACUACCCCAGCUGUUGAAGUCACUACUUCUACACCUGCUUUUGAAGUCAAUACCACUACCCCAGCUGUUGAAGUCACUACUUCUACACCUGCUGUUGAAGUCAAUUCCACUACCCCAGCUGUUGAAGUCACUACUUCUACACCUGCUGUUGAAGUCAAUUCCACUACCCCAGCUGUUGAAGUCACUACUUCUACACCUGCUGUUGAAGUCAAUACUACUACCCCAGCUGUUGAAGUCACUACUUCCACACCAGCUGUUGAAGUCAAUACUACUACCCCAGCUGUUGAAGUCACUACUUCUACACCUGCUGUUGAAGUCAAUACUACUACCCAAGGUGUUGAAGUCACUACUUCUACACCUGCUGUUGAAGCAAAUACUACCAUCCCAACUGUUGAAGUCACUACUUCUACACCUGCUGUUGAAGUCAAUACUACUACUACCCAAGCUGUUGAAGUCACUACUUCUACACCUGCUGUUGAAGUCAAUACUACUACCCCAGCUGUUGAAGUCACUACUUCUACACCUGCUGUUGAAGUCAAUACUACUACCAAAGCUGUUGAAAUCACUACCUCUACACCUGCUGUUGAAGUCAAUACUACUACUCCACGUGUUGAAGUCACUACUUCCACACCUGCUGUUGAAGUCACUACCUCUACACCUGCUGUUGAAGUCAAUACGACUACCCAAAUAGUUGAAGUCACUACUUCUACACCUGCUGUUGACGUCAAUACUACUACUCCAGCUGUUGAAGUCACUACUUCUACAACUGCUGUUGAAGUCAAUACUACUACCCAAACUGUUAAAGUCACUACUUCUACACCUGCUGUUAAAGUCAAUACUACAACCCAAGGUGUUGAGAUCACUUCAUCUACACCUGCUGCUGAAGUCAAUACUACUACCCCAGGUGUUGAAGUCACUACUUCUACACCUGCUGUUGAAGUCAAUACUACUACCCCAGCUGUUGAAGUCACUACUUCUACACCUGCUGUUGAAGUGAAUACUACUACCCCAGGUGUUGAAGUCACUACUUCUACAGCUGCUGUUGAAGUCAAUACUACUACUACUCCAACUGUUGAAGUCACUACUUCUACCCAAGCUGUUGAAGUCAAUACUACUACUACCCAAGCUGUUGAAGUCACUACUUCUACACCUGCUGUUGAAGUCAAUACUACUACGCAAGCUGUUGAAAUCACUACUUCUACACCUGCUGUUGAAGCCAAUAGUACUACCCGAGCUGUUGAAGUCACUACUUCUACACCUGCUGUUGAAGUCAAUACUACUAUCCCAGCUGUUGAAGUCACUACUACUACCCAAGCUGUUGAAGUCAAUACUACUACUACCCAAGCUGUUGAAAUCACUACUUCUACACCUGCUGUUGAAGCCAAUACUACUACCCGAGCUGUUGAAGUCACCACUUCUACACCUGCUGUUGAAGUCAAUACUACUACCCCAGGUGUUGAAGUCACUACUUCUACACCUGCUGUUGAAGUCAAUACUACCACCCCAGGUGUUGAAGUCACUACUUCUACACCUGCUGUUGAAGUCAAUACUACUACGCAAGCUGUUGAAAUCACUACUUCUACACCUGCUGUUGAAGCCAAUACUACUAACCCAGGUGUUGAAGUCAAUACUACUACUACCCAAGCUGUUGAAGUCACCACUUCUACACCUGCUGUUGAGGUCAAUACUACUACCCAAGCUGUUGAAGUCACUACUUCUACACCUGCUGUUGAAAUCAAUACUACUACCCCAACUGUUGAAGUCACUACUUCUACACCUGCUGUUGAAGUCAAUACUACCACCCCAGCUGUUGAAGUCACUACUACUACCCCAGGUGUUGACGUCACUACUUCCACAACUACUUCUACUUCUGCUGUUACUACUACUCCAGGUGUUGAUAUCAAUACUACUUCCCCAGCUGUUGAGGGCACUUCCACCCAGGGUGUCGAUAUAACAACUACCCAAGGUUUCGAUCUAACUACUUCCCAAGCUACAACUCAAGUCCCUAAUGUCAAUACUACGACUGCAACAUUUGAAAUAACUUCAACCCAAGCUGCUGAAAUCAAAACUACUUCUUCAGAUGUUGAAGUUACUAUUACCAAAGCUUCUGAAGUCAAUACUACGACCCCAGAUGUUGAAGUUACUACAACACAAGCUGUUGAAGUUACUACCACCCAAGCUGCUGAAGACAAUACUACUACCCCAACUGUUGAAGUAACUACAACCCCAGCUAGAGAGAACGAUACUACUACGUCAUUUGUUGAGGUUACUACUACACAAGCUGCUGAAGACAAUACUACUACCCCAGCUUUUGAAGUUACUUCAACACAAGCUGUUGAAGUUACUACUUCUACACCUGUUGUUGAAGUCAGUACUACUACCCAAGCUGAUGAAGUCACUACUUCUACACCUGCUGUUGAAGUCAAUACUACAACACAAGCUGUUGAAGUUACUACUACUAUCCAAACAGUUGAUGUCGAUACUACUACAUCAGCUGUUGAAGUAACUACUGCCCAACCUGUAGAAGUCACUACUACCAGAACUAAUGAAGUCAGUAUUACUUCCCCAGCUGUUGAAGUUACUACAACCCAAGCAGAUGAAUUCACUUCGACCCAAGCUGUUGAGGUUACUACAACCCUAGCUGCUGAAGACAAUACUACUACUCCAGCUAUUGAAGUCAAUACUUCUUCUCCAGCUGUUGGAGCUACUACUACCGAAACUGUUGAUGUCACUACUACCAAAAUUGAUGACGUCAAAAGUACUACUCUAACUGAUGAAGCCACUACCACCCAAGCUGUUGAAGUAACUACUACCCAAGCUGUUGAAGACAAUACUACCACCCCAGUUGUUGAAGUUACUACUACCCAAGCUGCUGACAAUACUACUACUGCAGCUGUUGACGUUACUACUGCCCAAGCCGCUGAAGACAGUUUUACUACUGCAGCUGUUGAAGUUACUACAACCCAAACUGUUGAAGUUACUACUAGCCAAGCUGUUGAGGACAAUACUACUACACAAGUUGUUGAAGUUACUACUACCCAAGCCGCUGAAGACAAUUCUACUACUGCAGCUGUAGAAGUUACUACUACUAGUACCCAAGCUGCUGAAGACAAUACUACUACCCCAGUUGUUGAAAUUACUACUACCCAAGCCGCUGAAGACAACACUACUUCUGCAGCUGUUGAAGUUACUACAACCCAAGCUGUUGAAGUUACUACUACCCAAGCUGAUGAAGUCAAUACAACUACUUCGGCUGUUGAAGUUACUACUACCCAGGCUGCUGAAGACAAUGCUACUACCCCAGCUGUUGAAGUUACUACAACCCAAUCUGUUGACGUUACUACUACCCAAGCUGAUGAAGUCAAUACAACUACUUCGGCUGUUGAAGUUACUACUACCCUAGCUGUUGAAGACAAUACUACUACUGCAGCUGUUGAAGUUACUACUACCCAAACCACUGAAGACAAUACUACUACUGCAGCUGUUGACGUUACUACUACCCAAGCUGAUGAAGUCAAUACAACUACUUCAGCUGUUGAAGUUACAACUACCCAAGCUGUUGAAGAAAAUACUACCACCCCAGCUGUUGGAGUUUCUACAACCCAAGCUGCUGAAGACAAUACUACUACUGCAACUGUUGAAGUAACUACAACCAUAGCUGUUGAAUCCACUACUACCCGAGCCACUGAGGACAAUACUACUACUGCAGCUAUUGGAGUUACUUCUACCCAAGCUGUUGAAGACAAUACUACUACCCCAGUUGUUGAAGUUACUACUACACAAGCCACUGAAGAUAAUUCUACUACUGCAGCUGUUGAAGUUACUACUACGCAAGCUGCUGAAGACAAUACUACUACCCCAGAAGUAACUACAACCCAAGCUGUUGAGGUCACUACUACCCAAACCACUGAAGACAAUACUACUACUGCAGCUGUUGGAGUUACUACUACUAGUACCCAAGCUGCUGAAGACAAUACUACUACCCCAGUUGUUGAAGUUACAACUACCCAAGCCGCUGAAGACAAUUCUACUACUGCACCUGUUGAAGUUACUACAACCCAAGCUGUUGAAGUUACUACUACCCAAGAUGCUGAAGACAAUACUACUACUGCAGCCGUUGACGUUACUACUACCCGAGCCGCUGAAGACAAUUUAACUACUGCAGCUGUUGAAGUUACUACAACCCAAGCUGUUGAAGUUACUACUAGCCAAGCUGUUGAAGACAAUACUACUACCCCAGUUGUUGAAGUUACUACUACCCAAGCCGCUGAAGACAAUUUUACUACUGCAGCUGUUGAAGUUACUACAACCCAAGCCGUUGAAGUUACUACUACCCAACCUGAUGAAGACAAUACUACUACCCCAGUUGUUGAAAUUUCUACUACCCAAGCCGCUGAAGACAAUCUUACUACUACAGCUGUUGAAGUUACUACUACCCUAGCUGCUGAAGACAAUACUACUACCUCAGUUGUUGAGGUUACUACUACCCAAGCCGCUGAAGACAAUUUUACUACUGUAGCUGUUGAAGUUACAACCCAAGCUGUUGAAGUUACCAAUACCCAAGAUGCUGAAGAAAAUACUACUACUGCAGCCGUUGACGUUACUACUACCCAAGCCGCUGAAGACAAUUUUACUACUGCAGCUGUUGCAGUUACUACAACCCAAGCUGUUGAAGUUACUACUAGCCAAGCUGUUGAAGACAAUACUACUACCCCAGUUGUUGAAGUUACUACUACCCAAGCCGCUGAAGACAAUUUUACUACUGCAGCUGUUGAAGUUACUACAACCCAAGCUGUUGAAGUUACUACUACCCAAGCUGAUGAAGACAAUACUACUACCCCAGUUGUUGAAGUUUCUACUACCCAAGCCGCUGAAGACAAUCUUACUACUACAGCUGUUGAAGUUACUACUACCCUAGCUGCUGAAGACAAUACUACUACCUCAGUUGUUGAGGUUACUACUACCCAAGCCGCUGAAGACAAUUUUUCUACUGUAGCUGUUGAAGUUACUACAACCCAAGCUGUUGAAGUAACUACUACCCAAGCUGAUGAAGACAAUACUACUACCCCAGUUGUUGAAGUUUCUACUACCCAAGCCGUUGAAGACAAUUUUACUACUACAGCUGUUGAAGUUACUACUACACAAGCCACUGAAGACAAUACUACUACCUCAGUUGUUGAAGUUACUACUACCCAAGCUGCUGAAGACAAUUUUACUACUACAGCUGUUGAAGUUACUACUACCCAAGCUGCUGAAGACAAUUUUACUACUACAGCUGUUGAAGUUACUACUACCCAAGCUGCUGAAGACAAUUUUACUACUACAGCUUUUGAAGUAACUACAACCCAAGCUGUUGAGGUCACUACUACCCAAGCCGCUGAAGACAAUUCUACUACUGCAGCUGUUGAAGUUACUACUACCCAAGCCGCUGAAGACAAUUUUACUACUACAGCUGUUGAAGUUACUACUACCAAAGCUGUUGAAGACAAUACUACUACCCCGGUUGUUGAAGUUACUACUACACAAGCCGCUGAAGACAAUUUUACUACUGUAGCUGUUGAAGUUACUACAACCCAAGCUGUUGAAGUUACUAUUACCCAAGCUGCUGAAGACAAUUUUACUACUACAGCUGUUGAAGUUACUACUACCCAAGCUGCUGAAGACAAUGCUACUACCCCAAUUGUUGAAAUAACUACUACCCCAGCUACUGAGAACAAUACUACGACGUCUUUUGUUGAGGUUACUACUACACAAGCUGCUGAAGACAAUACUACUACCCCAGUUGUUGAAGUUACUACAAUCCAAGCUGCUGAAGACAAUACUACUACCACAGUUGUUGAAGUUACUACUACCCAAGCCGCUGAAGACAAUUUUACUACUGCAGCUGUUGAAGUUACUACAACCCAAGCUGUUGAAGUUAUUACUACCCAAGCUGUUGAAGACAAUACUACUACCCCAGUUGUUGAAGUUACUACUACCCAAGCCGCUGAAGACAAUUUUACUACUGCAGCUGUUGAAGUUACUUCAACCCAAGCUGUUGAAGUUACUACCCACCAAGCUGUUGAAGACAAUACUACUACCCCAGUUUUUGAAGUUACUACUACCCAAGCCGCUGAAGACAAUUUUACUACUACAGCUGUUGAAGUUACUACUAUUCAAGCUGCUGAAGACAAUACUACUACCUCAACUGUUGAAAUAACUACUACCCCAGCUACUGAGAACAAUACUACGACGUCUUUUGUUGAGGUUACUACUAUACAAGCUGCUGAAGACAAUACUACUUCCCCAGCUGUCGAAGUUACUACAACCCAAGCUGCUGAAGACAUUACUACUACCCCAGCUCUUGAAAUUACUACUACCCCAGCUGUUGAAGUAACUACAACCCAAGCUGCAGAAGUUAAUACUACUACUCCAGCUGUUGAAGCCAAUUCUACUAUUUCAACUGUUGAAGUUACUACUACUCCAGCUGUUGAAGUUAAUACUUCUAUCCCAACUGUUGAAGCUACUACUACCCAAGCUGCUGUAGUUACUUCUACUACCUUGCCUGCUGAAGUUACAAGCUCUACCCCACUACCUAAAAGUGUGUUCAAGGGAGUUGCCAGAAUGCUUACUUUGGGUGGAAAUCCAGCUGUGUUCAAUUCCUCUUUAAAUGAUCCCAACUCCCUUUACUAUGGAGAAGUUGCAGAAACCGCUUGUGCGGGUAUAAACGAUGCAUUCCUUAAAUCUGAGUUCGCACCUUAUUAUCGAUCUUGUAAACCCAUACAAUUUACCAGUGGGAGUAUUGUCAUGGAUUUCCAAUCUGAAUUCGAGAGUGCCCCAUCAUCUUUAACCUCAAACUCACUGACGACUGCUCUGAAGGAAAACGCCGAUCCUAGUUUUGAUAGCAAUGCCUUUGUUGUGUCAGACGUGGACGAAUGCACAGAAGGACUUGAUGAUUGUUCCAAAGACGCCAUUUGUCAAAAUAACGAGGGUAGUUUUACCUGUGUGUGUAAGGUCGGAUUCGAAGAUGCCCCUGGUUCACCAUUACCUGGAAGAUCAUGUGUUUUCAUCACAACCACAACGGUGGCAGUAGCAUCAACAGCGGCACAGACUGGCCAGUAUGGAAUAUUCAACGAGGCGUUUUUCUGGGUACUUCUGGGUUGGAUGAUUCUUUUGACCAUACUCUUCGUUAUAGUUUUAAUUGUUGUAUGUAAGCGACGGAAAUCACAGCGCUAUUAUAGCACAUAUCGCCCAGAAAUAGACUUAGAAAGUGCCGAGAAACGACGAUCGAUGGCAUAUGAUAACCCCACAAUGAGGGGUGAGACUGUAAUGGAUUAUUUUAUGCCAAAUAUAUCAGACCCGGGUUCUGGGAAUCCGAUGGCAUCAAAUGGAAAUAAUAACGGAGAUACACGAUCAAGAACUGGCACUGCUGACAGCAAAUCGACCAGCUCUAAGGACUGGAUGGCGCAAGUGUGAUGUGGCGGGAACAUUUUAAAAAAAAUAUAAUGUCACUUUAUAUCGCAUAAAAACAUUCCCAAUUAUUCAGUAAUAUAUAACUACAGUGUUAGUAUGAAAAACUGGUAAAAGUGCAACUGUUAAUUGUGUACGAUAUAGUGUAUCCAUAGCUCGAUAUAUCACCUUUGUAGUAUUUGGAACGCCUCUAUGUGAAAUGGUUUCUUCAAAUUAUCUUUUUAGCUCAUAUUUGAAUUUUAAUGUUUUGCUAGUGGUGAAUAAGAGAACGUUUUUUGCAAUCAUGAGUAACAGUGAACAUCUUAACAAACUACUGCAAAACCUGUUUAAUUCGAUCGUGACUGGGACCGGCCAAAAAUGUGCGGAUAAGGAGAUGGGCACGAUACAAGAUUUCUUUAAUACCCGAGAUUAAAGACGAGAAAGCGUUCACAUUGAGAGAUGUUCAAAUUUGAGAGGUGUUUGGAUUUACAGGUGUCACUGUAUGUAUAUUGAACUGAAGAUUUAUAUCGUCUUGCCAUUUUUGUUUCAAAUGCAUAACCGUGAACAUGCCAUCGUGGUUCCCAUGUGAUGUACAACUGCAUUUAUCCAGGGAGCUUGUGGGUUUCACAUUAUUCUUUAAUUAUUUUGAGUGGUUGCCAUUUAUUAAGCGACGCUCUCUCGAUACUUAUGGAAGAUUUUAUUUGUAGUUGACGUACGUUUUGACGUAAGUUCUAUUAGGCAUCCUUCAUGCAUUGUAUAUUAUUCUAACAUUCUAGAUCAAUGGUUUUUAUAAUUUUAUACAUAUACAUAUAAAACCAUGCAAACGUUCCAUACAGAAUAUUUUUGCAUUUUUGCAUUAUUUUGUAUGAAUGAAUGGACAAUGAUGAAUACAACAAAUGUAUAUAUUUUGUUAUUGUAUAAUAAUUUUAUAUUCUAUGAGUGUAGUGUCAUUAAUGAUUAUAUAAAGGUACACGUCUACUCAUGUCCGGAUACUAUCAAGAUCCCAUUAUGUCUUGAGUUUGCUUGUGGUAUCAUGUAUAAUGCAAGGGGCUACAAGUGUAGGCCCUUCGUGAACGAGGCCCCUUGUGAAGGAGACCCUUGUUGAACCAUGAUACAGCGAGCUAACUCACGGCUGAAUGGGGCCUUUAUAGUAUCCCUGGUAGAUGUGUCCAAGUAUACCUGUCUCGAGUAGUAUAUUUCAGAAGCAUGUAUUUUUGAGAAUCUACUGUUGUUGUAUCAGUUCAUUAACAUCGAUUAGCGUUUUUUCAGGUCGUAGUUAUCUUACACUGUAUAUAUUACGCACAUAUUCUGUACAUAUUUCAAUUAAUCCAAUAUGACGGGUCUACACCGUUUGGAACUAGUUUUUGUAAGUAUCAAGUAUUAUAGGAAUGUAUAUAUUUCAAAGUCUAAACGGAAUUAAAUAAAAGGUGCUUUAUAUGAGAAUUGUAAAUAUUUUCAUGGUUUCAUUUAACUCACCGAGCACUUUGUUAAACGUUGUUGUAGACCUUCAAUGGUCACCUCAAAGCAAUUUUAUAUAUUAAGUUAUAUAUGUAUUCUAUUAAUUAAAAAUAUAUAUAACAACAUAACAAAAUAUUUGUUUUGUGAGUCAUGCGGACGUUAACCUAACUGAAUAAAUGAAACCACGAUUUGGUGAUCAACUGAAUGAUGGCAAGAAUAUAAAGUCCACUAGUAUAGAAUUCAGAUUUCCCAUAUAGAUAUUUCCUUUAUAACUGCGACAAUACAGAUUUUUUAUGAGUGACCCUGUAUCUACAAGAACUUCAAAUUUUUAACAUUUACAUCGAGAUAAUCAUUUCAGUACUCGAGCCAUCAUGCAUGGUAGUAAAAUCAUGAAUAGGAAGUGAUUAUGAUAGGUAGCCUGUUGAAUAGUAGUGACAUCUUUUGCAAAUCAUCUUAUCUAAGUAGCCUUGUUGCCGAACAAAUUAAGCGCCAUCUUUAUCAGGGCUAAUUUAUAACGAAUUCGUCACAUACAAAUGUAAUGGAUAAAUCCAGAGAAGUAUAUUAGAAGGAAUAAAUAGCGAGAGGGAAAUCGGGUUGAAUCUUAAAAUCAACUCCACACCCAGUUCUGCCUAUUGAAAUCUUAAUCUUUUUUGCUCUUUUGCAAAAUCCUAUAACAUACAACUAUAACGUAGAAUACCAUAUAACGGAGCCUGCGCCCAUCCUUGUUAAUAAUGGUAGAUCCAAAACUGUAGAACACAUUCC